GUUUGCUUCAAUUCGUCAACAAAAACAGUAAACAUUGCUUUCAUUUGACGCAACCAUCGGAUCCAUUGAUGCCAUGGAUUGUCUUGAGAGUCAUCCAUCGCUUCCAAUGGAAAGACACGGCAGGAAACGGAAGAAGAGGUUAUUGAACACAAUCCGGGAACAGAUUGAGUUCUACUUCAGUGACGCGAACCUAAGACACGACCGAUUCAUGAGACAACUGAUUGGCGCCGAAGACCCGGACCUAAAGGGCAGACAAGCGGUCCAUUUGAAUGAGUUCUUGAAAUUCAACAAAAUCUCUGAAAUGACACAAAAUAUUCGUGACAUAAGUCUAGCGCUCGAGAGAUCCAAAUGUCUGUCAUUGGAUGAGAAGAGCGAUAAAGUGCAACGACUGGAGCCGUUUGUGACCAGAGAUGUGAAUUGCGAUGAUCUGACCAUUUAUGUGGAACGGCUUCCGCCCAACGCUGACCACCACUGGAUUCGGUCGGUGUUCGCGCCCUUCGGUCCCAUUCAGUACAUAAAAGUCCCGCAUUUUAGACACAAUAACAAUAUUAUGGGAUUUGCUUUCAUUGAGUUCGAGGACAAAGUGUCGGCAGAGAAGGCACUCAAACACUUCAACGCAUUGUCUUCCGAUGACAACCAAAAUAGUGAUCAAAUGGACAGUAAUAAUGAAUGCGAACCCAAAUUAUCCGCAGAUCAGACACAAGACAUACCCGAACCCGAAGUGUCGCGCAAGAGAUCGCACGACGCGACCGAUGAAGAGAUAAGUGACGCAAAGAGAGCCAAAGUGUCCGAAAACGAUGGUUCGGAAAGUGAUUUGCAAUUAAUGGACAAAAAUGUUGAAACAAUUAGUGAAACAAAUUGUGAGACAAUUAGUACCAAAGUUAAGGAGAAGAAGAAGAAGCGGCGAAAGAAACGGACUGUAAUUACACCGGAUUUGGUCGAAGACAAUGUCCCGGAAGUGAUUAAUCUGAGAGUUAUGUCGAAGAAAGAGUGGAAGCGAUGGAAAAAUAAAUACUUAAAACUACAGAAGCAAUCGAUGGCUGCACUGAAGCGUUCGCUUUUGGUAAAGACUGAUACAAAUAUUGAACAAUUAGCUAAUGAGCCGACAGUCAUGGCUGAGGACAACACAACAGCCAAUGAGCGGUCCUUUGAAUCGGGACUUAUUAUUAAAUUGAAUUUUUCCGUCUCUUCGAUGGAUUUCAACGACAAUGAAUUUAAGCGAAACAUUAGACUUAUGGCUGAAAAGCAAGAGAUCUCAUACAUUGAUUUGCCGAAGAAUCGCAUGGAGUUUAAGGACAGCGAAACACUUCGCGGCGUUUGCUAUAUUCGGACCAAUUCUGGCGAUGAUUGUCAACAAAUGCUUCAAAAGGAAAAACUUAAACAAUUGGGAGAAUUGAGUGUUUUGUGCGGAACUGAAGAAACAGAUUAUUGGAACCAAAUAUUCGACGAAAGGAUCAAAAAGAAGUGGACGACUAAUAAUGAGAAGAAACCCAAACAUAAAACCAGAGGUUUUCACCGCAUUAUAAAUCGAGCCGAGAAUGCAAUGACUGGUGUUGAGCCAAAACUCAAUAAACACAUCAAAUUUGANAAAAGAAGGGGACGACUAAUAAUGAGAAGAAACCCAAACAUAAAACCAGAGGUUUUCACCGCAUUAUAA